AUGGAUGUUGACAUGAUCAAACCCUCAGUAGCAGAAGAUCACAUGGAUAUGAUGACAAUGAUGAUGCAAAUGGAAAAGCUUCCUGAAUUCUGUGAGUCGCCACCUUUCAAGACCUAUGAAUUAAACUUCUCCAAUGGGACUUCAAGCUCCACGAUCUUACCUACACCACCCAUUUACCCUAACCCCAUUAAUGAUCCUUCUUCACUCAACACAUUCAUGGCCUUGCCACCUUCCAAUUUAUCAUUCAUCGGCAAUGUCCAAGCUCAAGAACCCAUGGCUCCACCUCUUCAAUCCAACAACAAAUUGAAGUAUCAAUCUCUUUUCAAUAACUCCAACUCGUAUCCUCCUUCGGUAGAUAAGAAGAACUCGAUGGCAGCUAUGAGGGAGAUGAUCUUCCGUAUAGCGGCAAUGCAGCCGAUUCAUAUAGACCCGGAAUCCAUUAAGGCUCCGAAGAGAAGGAACGUGAAGAUCUCAAAGGAUCCACAGAGUGUGGCCGCCAGGCACAGAAGAGAACGGAUAAGUGAGCGGAUAAGGAUCCUGCAAAGACUCGUUCCGGGAGGCACUAAGAUGGACACUGCUUCUAUGUUGGACGAAGCUAUUCAUUACGUCAAGUUCUUGAAGAAACAGGUUCAAUCCCUGGAACAAGCUGCUGUGAAUAGACCGAUGGGCGUAGGGUUUCCCACUGCAGCAAUGGCUAAUGUGGGCUACCCCUCUUUGGCGAAAGCUUGCCAGCCAUCUCAUCAUUACCAAGUUGUAAGCAAUAUGCGGAUGCUUAGAUAA